ACCUUCGAGGAUUUGGAGAGCCCUCUCGAUGCGACUGUUCCACCGCCAUCACCGUCUCCGACCCGCUAAAACCACCCGCGCCACUUCUUUCUCCUCCUCCACGACCAGCACCACCUCCUCAACCCCUCCCGAUCCCAGCACCCUGUCCCACCUCGUCUCCCGACAGCACUGGUCCCGACUAAAAACCCUCAUCUCCGCCUCCGCCGCGGCCGCCGCCACCACACCCGCCGAUGCCGCCGUCUCCUUCCUCCGCAUCCUUCUCGAUUCUGCGUCCACCUCCUCCGUCGCCGCCCUCCGCUUCUCCCGCUGGUCCCAGUCCCACUACCGCUGCCCCCGCGCCUUCGACCUCCCCCUUCACUGUCGUCUCCUCCUCGCCCUCGCUGCCGACAAGCUCUACUCCGAUCUCCGCUCCGAGCUUCACUACCUCGUCAGAUCCGGCCCCCACUCCGCCGUCUCCAUCCUCCACACCCUCGCAGUCUCCGCUGAGCCCUCCCGCCGGCGCCAUGACUCCCUCUCCAUCCUCGCCGACAUGCUCAUCCUCGCCCUCGUCAAGAACUCGAGGACCAGCGCCGCCAUCGAGGUCUUUUAUCGUUCUCGGGAUUUCGGGUACCGACUCUCGGUCCUUUCGUGUAACCCCUUGCUGAGCUCUUUGAUCAGAGAAGAGAAAUUCGACGCCGUGGAGGCUGUGUAUAAAGAGAUGAUUCGUAGGAGGAUUCCCCCCAACCUGAUCACUUUCAAUACUGUCAUCAAUGGUUUCUGUAAGGCGGGGAAGCUAAGGAGGGCAGGGGAUCUCACGGAGGACAUGAAAUCAUGGGGGUUCUCGCCCUCGGUCAUCACUUACAAUACCCUAAUCGAUGGGUACUGCAAGAAGGGCGGGGCUGGGAAGAUGUAUAGGGCCGAUGUCCUCUUGAAGCAGAUGGUGGAUGCCAACAUCCACCCCAAUGUUGUUACUUUUAAUACCUUGAUCGAUGGGUACUGCAAGGAUGGGAACAGUUCGUCUGCGAUGAGGUUCUUCCAAGAAAUGAAGCGGCAAGAGCUUUCUCCCGGUGUUGUCACUUAUAAUACGUUGAUCAAUGGGCUUUCUUGCGAGGGCAAGUUGAACGAAGCCCUCGAGCUGCUGAAGGAGAUGGAGGAAUUGAAUCUGGCACCAAAUGUGGUGACCUACAAUGCUAUCAUCAAUGGGUUCUGUAAGAAAAAAAUGAUGGCAGAGGCUAAAGGGAUGUUGGAUGUCAUUAUGGGGAAGAAUUUGUUGCCAAAUGUUAUUACUUACAAUACUUUGAUUGACGGGUAUUGUCGAGCAGGAAUGAUGGAGGAUGCAAUGGGGUUGAAACGAUUGAUGUUGGAGAAAGGUAUUAGUCAUAAUGUUUCGACCUUUAGCUGCUUGAUAAAUGGGUUCUGUAAAGAUGGGGAUACGAAGAGUGUUGUGAAGCUGUUGGAUGAAAUGAGGGAGAAGACUGUAAGACCUGAUAUUGUGAUUUACAAUGUGCUGAUUAGGGCUUUGUGCAAAGAAGGGGAGUUGACGAAGGCAGUCAAGCUUUUAGAUGAGACGCUGGAGGUGGGUCUGAAGCCAACCCAUGUAACAUAUAAUACCAUAAUAGAUGCGUUCUGUGUGAAACGGAACCUUAGGGCAGCUUUGAACAUGAGAGCAAGGAUGGAGAGGGGUGGAAAGCGUGCAAAUGUGGUCACUUAUAACGUAUUUAUCAAGUACUUCUGUGGAAGAGGUAAGAUGGAAGAGGCCAAUGAGUUUCUAAAUGAGAUGUUGGAGAAAGGAUUGGUUCCAAACAGGGUCACUUACAAUAUGAUUAAGGAUGAGAUGAUUGAGAGAGGUUAUGUUCCUAGCAUAGAUGGACAUCUUUGUAACAAUGCCUCUUAGUAGGAAAAGAAACAAGAGAAUGGAAGUUUUUUUAUGUUAGCGUUAUUUUUCGGAUGCAGAAAAAGAUUAUAUUUCAUAAGACUUUGUUUAAGAAAGACAUUGCAGUUUUCAAGAGAAUAUUCUAAAUCUUUCCCAAGCUAUGACAUGAGGUGGACGGAUUUGUGUUGUUAAUGGGUUAAGAGCUUUAGUAAAUUUGGUCGUCCACUGCAUGAUUCGGUAAGAUUACUGAUGUUAUGAUCGAAAUUAAAAGUGUUGGAUUCUUGGAGAGAGGACUGAUGUCUAUAGACUUACUGCUCUUCUUGAAUCUAAUUAUUGAAAAUAUCACAUUGAUCAUAUGUUUUGUAGAAGCAUGGAUUUUCUUCUAGGAUAUGUGUGCUCAUAGAAUUAAAUUCUGAUGCUUUAUGAACGCUGCUGUGGCUUUGUGUGAAAACUCAGGACACUGAAGAAUAGUUUGGGUUCAAAAAGUCUGCAGAUUGAAACAAAUCAGUCUUUGUCUUCACUUUCUGAUGGAAGGUGCACUGGUACUACUACUACUAUCGAGUUUGAAUGACAAAGCGAAAUUGAUGAUACACAUGAUGUAGCAUCCAAGUUUCUUUGAGCAGCAAGCACACCGUAUUAAAAGAAAUAUCCACUGCAGGCAUACAGGUAACAUUGCACGCUGAGGGCAUACUGAAAUCAUUACUAGUUUCCAUUAGCAGUCUUUGAUGCCAGAUUGGUGAUUGUUCUCUUUGGAGGAAUUAAUUUUCUCUAUUUGUUGCUUGCUUGUUUCUCUUUGGAUCAGCAGAAAGCAGUUGAAAGGUUGUGACAGUGUUAUAUACUUCAUUCUAGCGGUCUGGAAGAAUGAAUGCUGACGGACGAAGCAGGCAACAAAUCUAUUUACUUCCCUCGAAGUCUAUGGUGGCAUCAUCUAAAGUGCUGUUCUGAUUACUCAUGAAACAAUUCCUGAUUCCACUAGCAGAGUACUUGAUGAUCUGCAAUGGCCACAACACAACAUCAUGCUCCUGCUCUUGGAUCAAAAGAUAAAUGCAUCUCUGAAAUCAUUGAUGGAUACCUGUCGAUCCAUUUGUCAAGACAAACUUCAUCAACUUGUUCUCCUUGGGUAAGGGCCCUCUCCAUCAGCUUAAUGGAAGCAUGUGUGCAGCUCCUUCAAAUGCCCCCACUUUGGUUGUCUUAGGUUGCCUAAAUCAAGUGGAGAAUCAUAAUCAUAGCUGAAUACUGCAUGGAUAGUGAAUGGCUUAGGAGAAGAGAACCCGUCGUUUGAUCUGGAAAUCAUCCACGUGAGAGACCGCCAUGAACAAGCAUUGUUACGAAGAGAGAAAGAAUCCCAGUUACAACAACAACAAUCACAACCAGUACUUGGAGACUACCAUCCAAACUGUUGUCUUCAACCUCCAGCAAUUCAUCUGGUUCUACAUGAAACCACACGUUCUUCAUUUGCUUCCAUCACUGUAGAUUUACAACCUUGAGCUUUCUUGUGUUUGAAAGUUCUGUUCUUAUGUCACAGCAAAAGUUUGGUAACCUGACAGGCACCGAAACUUCUGAUUCUCUCUUUAUAACAUCAGUGUUUCUGGCUAC